CUUUGUUGUUCGUCGCAGUGCUAUUGCGGUUAUAAUUAUACACAGAGUCUGAGUCAGGUUUGCAGUUAUUUGAAGACGUUCAUAAAAAUAACGAUGGCUUCGAGCUGACUGUUUAGUUGAAGCAGGAUAGUGGUAAUUUACCGCCAUAUUGGUAGGACCCAUGUCGGACUCUGAGGCGCACGAGAAAGUUCGAAGGCCUAGGGCUGAAAAGGGCACCCAGUGUUGUGCAUAUGGUUGCAAGAAGCGUAAGAAAAGCAGACUUAAUGGCAGAAGUGAUAGCGAAGGCAGCGAAGACGAAGAGUCGGCCUUAAAGAGAUGCCAACCUAGAACAUUUCAUUCUAUCCCAAAUGAUCCAGAGAGAAGAAGAGCCUGGCUUGUUGGUCUCCAUCGAAAGAAAUGGACACCUAGUUCACAUUCCCGUGUCUGCUCUGACCAUUUUAAAGAGAGUGACAUGGACAGAACUGGCCAGACUGUCAGGGUUCGUUCUGAUGCCAUUCCAACUCGACUUAAAAGCCUCCCAAAACAUUUGAGGAUGACGGCAACAAAACCAAGGAAACCACCAUUAGACCGUUCAAAAGUCAUUACAAGCAAAGCUGUUCAAGAACGUAUAGGCCUACAACUUGAAAAUACAGUCCCAGAAUGCAAUCGAGUGUCACCUACAAGAAGGGUACAAUUGAGUGACCAUCAGUAUUACAAUCCUGAGUGCAACCCUUCAAGAAAUGUACAACUGGUUGAUCAUGAGUACUACAUCAAGGAUUCACCAAAACGAUUAACUGGGAAACUUCACCUGUCCAAUGAAAAAAUUGCAAUUUUACGAAAGAAACUGAAACAUGCUCAGCAGAAAUCCAGACGUUUGCAAAUGAAAGUCAAGUCACUGAAGGACAUUGUAAAACAUCUGCGCAAAAAACAGAGGCAGCUGGAGUUGGGAACUUCACAUGAAAAUGUGUCCUCUGAAAACAGUUCAAAAAGUAAAAAGAAAAAUACGUGACAGCGCUAACACAGAAACAGUUUGAUAGGAACAUGACAUGAUUGUCAAAAUCCCAGUCCUUUAAGUCAGAGUCCUGGCCACAGAAAGUACUUGCUGGAAAGUAAGUAUCUUGGAAAGGUACUGGGACAUCAUUAUACUCUGAUGGAAGUUUGACCAACAUUCUAUCAACACAAUGACAAAGCCAAUAAAAAUGAAGAGCUGGAUAAAAACUUUGAUAUAUCUGGAUGCCCCUUGGCCUUGUCCCAUAUUUUGAAACACUACAAUAGUCCUGCAUCCAACUCUGAGUCCUGUGUCUAAUCACUGGCCAUUUAUUGAUAUCAGCACCUUGCUCAGUGAUGAAUCCAAAAGGUGACUUUAUUUUUCAGGAGAUGGUUUGAGAUAUUUGAGCUCAGGACCCUUUAUUUCUUUUGAUAAACCUCUCUAUUGUAACCAACUAAGUGUGAAAUCUGCACCACACCUUAGUGAAAUAAAGAUUGUCACUUGAAAGUC